AUGGUAACACAGACUGUUCUUAUUCCGCAACCGAGUGACGACCCGAAUGAUCCGCUCAACUGGCCAUGGUGGAAGAAGCACGCUGUGCUCCUCACAACGUCAAUCCUGGCAGGUAAUGGAGACUUUAGCCUUUGCCUUGGCUUCCCAGCGAUUCUGCCCCAGGCGGUUCAUUGGAACAAGUCGUACAACUCGAUGAACUUUACCACGAAUCUGGCCGUGAUUAUGGUGGGAGUUGGCGGCGUGCUCGCAAUCCCUCCGAGCUACUUCUGGGGCCGCGCUCCCGUCGUGUUCUGGAGCGUGCUCGCAAGCCUUCUGUUCACCCUCGGCAUCUGCCUGACGGACAGUUUCGAGACCUUUUACGCGCUGAGGGCGUUACAAGGGGCCAGUCUGACCGUCUGCCAGACCACGACGCUGUGCUACAUCAAGGACAUGUUCUUCCUGCACGAACACGCCCGCAAGAUCGGCAUCUGGCUCUUCUUCUUCUACGUCACGCCCUACGUGGGCCCCAUGCUGGGCUACUUUAUGAUCUCCGGCCUGGACUCGCAGUGGCGCCCACUGUACUGGCUCGCGUUCGCGUCGACGUGCCUUGAUCUGGUGCUGGUGCUGCUAUUCCUGGACGAGACUUGGUACCGGAGAGGUUUGUCCAUUGAUGAGCAGCCACCGCGGAGAAGCAGGUGGCAGAGAGUGGUCGGGAUUUGGCAGAUCCGACACCAUAGGGCGUACUUUAUGGGUGUCGUCCCAGCCUUUCGCAGGCUCUGGGCGGUUUUGAUCAAGCCGCUGAUGCUACCGAUCCUGGCCACUGGGGUGAACAUCACGGCGGCUGUCCUCCUGGGAACACCCCAAGAUGCUGGUGGCUACGGGUUCAGUCCCGAGGCCUCUGGGUUCAUCUACUUUGCCCCUGCCAUAGGCGUCACAUUGGGCGAGGCUCUGGGCCACUGGCUGAACGACUGGAACGCGGCAAGGUACACUGGACGGCACGACGGCCUGUUCAAGGCCGAAGCACGGCUACCCGUCACGUACCUAGGGACUGUCAUCAUGGUACCCGGCCUGGUGCUUCUGGGACAGUCGUUCGAGCACCUCCUCCACUGGUUGGGCGUCGCCUUCGGCUGGGGCAUCUACAUCUUCGGCGCCAUGCUGUCGAGCGUGGCCAUCACCGCUUACGCGCUUGAGUGCUACCCGCAGGCCUCCGGCGAGGUGUCGGCAUUCAUCAACUUCAUGCGCGUCAUGGGCGGGUUCGCAGUGGGCUACUUUCAGCAGCCGUGGGGCUUAAGCGUCGGCUAUGGCGCGAGUUUCGGCACACAGGCCGCCGUCAUUGUCGCGGCUGGGGUUAUUCUCACCUUCAUCCACGUAUACGGUGAGAAGCUCCGGAUUAAAGGCGGUCCGCUCAGAUUCCCUGGCUCGACCUGA